AUGGGGGUACGUAUAACGCUAAAUUUUGAAGAGGGUAUGCGUGAUUUCAUUGUUAAUGGAAAAGGCGUUGGUAUUCAAAGACAGACUUUGAUCGCUUUCCAAGCUACUCUUACAAGUGGCAAUAUCGGACCUAACUACGCCGAUGGCGCCAUUAAAUUCAACGACGUGGCUUUAAACAUUGGAAAAGGCUACAAUCCAACCACCGGAAAAUUUACUGCUCCCAUUGCAGGCCUUUAUCAGUUUACUGCAACGUACCUUCAACGUUAUGGAUACAACUCUGGCGUAAAGCUAAUGAAGAAUAAUAACAUAAUCAGUGAAAUUCAUGCAAACCACAAAACCUACGAUCAACUGACAAAAACAAUUUUUGUAGUUUUGGCAAAGGGCGACACAUUCUGGGUUGAGUUGCGUAACGGUAGUACCUUUUCCAUUUAUGGAAUCAGUCGAUCUACCGAAUUCGGUGGAUUUCUUCUUUCAGCCAGUUUCCAACUAGAUUCGCAAAGAGCAGAAUUAAGCGCUCACUCACGCAUGAAUGCUUGCGUUCCCUGA